UUGGCUAAAGGCAAGAAAGAGCCCCGCCCCUAGUCUUAUGACCCGCGCUGAAGCGCCUUGUCCUGGGGUUUGCAGCACUUGUGGUCGGUGGUCCGCGCUCCUCUUGUCCGGGUUCCAGCAAGCUUUUUCCCUGGUGUUGCUGCUGUUGUUGCCACCGCCACCGCCACCGCCACUGCCGCCGCGCCGCCGCCUCCGCCUCCUUUGCGGAAUCAUGGUGUGCUUCCGCUUCUCCCCGGUUCCGGGCUCGGGGCUCGUUCUGCUCUGCCUAGUCCUGGGAGCUGUCUCAUCUUACGCAUUAGAACUUAAUUUGACAGAUUCAGGAAAAGCCACUUGCCUUUAUGCAAAAUGGCAGAUGAAUUUCACAAUACGCUAUGAGACUACAAGCAAAAGUUAUAAAACUGUAACCGUUUCAGACCUCAGCACUGCAACAUAUAAUGGAAGCACUUGCGGGGAAGACCAGAAUGGUCCCAAAAUAGCCGUGCAAUUUGGAUCCGGUUUUUCCUGGGUUGUGAAUUUUACAAAGGAGGGGUCUACUUACUCGAUUGACGGUAUCUCAUUUUCCUACAACAUUAGUGACAACACAACAUUUCCUGAUGCCAAAGAUAAAGGGAUCUUGACCGUUUAUGACCCUGUGCGAUUCAGAAUUCCAUUGAACAACAUCUUCAGAUGCAAUAGUUUAUCGACUUUAGAAAAGGAUGAUGUUGUCCAGUACUAUUGGGAUGUUCACGUACAAGCUUUUGUCCAGAAUGGCACAGUGAGCACAAAAGAAUUUCUGUGUGAAAAAGAUCGAACUUCAACCACUGUGGCGCCCAUCACUCCCACCACCACACUGGCUCCUACUACAACGCCCAUUCCAAAGGAAAAACCAGAGGUUGGGUCCUACUCGGUUAAUAAUAGCAAUGGUACUUGCCUCCUGGCUACCAUGGGGCUGCAGCUGAACAUUACUCACGAGAAGGUUGCUUCGAUUAUUAACAUCAACCCCAACACAACCGACUUCACCGGUAACUGCCAUCCUCAGAGUGCUCUGCUUAGGCUGAACAGCAGCAACAUCAAAUUUCUUGACUUUGUCUUUGCCGUGAAAAAUGAAAACCGAUUCUAUCUGAAGGAAGUGAAUAUCAGCAUGUAUUUGGUAAAUGGCUCUGUUUUCAGCAUCGCAAAUAACAAUCUGAGCUACUGGGAUGCGCCACUGGGAAGUUCUUAUAUGUGCAACAAAGAGCAGACUGUUUCAGUGUCUGGAGCAUUUCAGAUAAAUACCUUUGAUCUAAGGGUUCAGCCUUUCAACGUGAUGGAAGGAAAGUAUUCUACAGCCCAGGAGUGUUCGCUGGAUGAUGACACCAUUCUAAUACCAAUUAUAGUUGGUGCUGGUCUUUCAGGCUUGAUUAUCGUUAUAGUGAUUGCUUACCUAAUUGGCAGAAGAAAAAGCUAUGCCGGAUAUCAGACUCUGUAAUACUGAUCCAUAUGUGAUCUCUGUUACAAAAUAACAAAGCAAGUACAAGUUCCAACAUGCAAUACUGUUCAGUUUGAGGUAUAUUUUAGUUGCAGUUCUGAUCUUAGAAUGGGUGGUGUGGGGGAUUUCGAACUUAAAUAAAUAGAACCCCCCCCUCAAAACUAUAAACUACACAUUAAUCACGUGAUUUUGGGUCUUUCCCCCACCCAGCCAAGGAAUUUAAAACUUAUUUCCACGGCAAAAAAGCAUGUGUGAAAUCACCUGGGUUAUUGGUUCUACUCUAUUGUCUUGAAUUAGUAUUUCUGCAUAUUUGCUCUAGGUAUUCUGGUGAGCAAUCUACAGUUCAGGAAACAGAUUUCAAAAAGAGAUUUUUUUUUUUCCUACAUGGAGUCAAAAUUGACACAGUGCAUCCUACAGUGGAUUUGUACUUGCUCCUUUUGCAUUUUUUUGUGAUUUUGUUUGCAGGUUAACUUAGCUACCUUGGCAUUGCUGCAUAUUUGACCUAUGAGAGAUAUGCCAAUAGAUUUGAACAGGGUCUGGUAUUAUGUUCUUAGCGAUGAAUGCUUUUCUAAUGCCUUUUGAAUACAUUUGUAUUUAAUGUGGCUGUAAUGACAAAAGAUACAAAAGCUGUAUAAAUUUUGGAAUAGGUGUUAAUCUUGUUUAAUCCUUUUUUUUUUUUUUUAAAGAAAAAAGUGGGUUUCUUUCAAUCUUUUAAUGGCAAGACACAAGACUAUUCCAACUGGGCAUUUCAAUCCAUUUUCUAGGUGCUUUAGAGAUAAUUGCUAGGCAGUGCCAGUUUGGGGCGUUAGACCUUUGUACCUGUAAAUUGGCCUCUACACGCAGUGCAGAAAUCAAUGUGGUUUCUCUUUAGCCUUGCAGUAUGCUUCUCGGUGGUAGUAUGCUCUUUCUUUUCUUGUGUUUUUUUUCCUCUUCUCCUUUCCUUUCCUUCUCUUUUUCUUAAAGAAGAAAUGCCAGGAUGUCCUAGAACCCAGACAAAGAAGUGCACUUACACUUAGAAAGUAACUCGCACCUAACCUAAAAGUCUUGGUCUUCUCUUAGUCCAUUAAAAAGUUCUGCUUUCUUCCAGCUUGCAUCGAUUGCUACAGCAUUUACUAAUUUGACUUUCACAUUUAAAUGGUUCUGUGCUAAUCAAAACUUAACGUUAUUAUUGUUCAUUAUGGUGGAAUCAUUACUAAUUCAUGUACUUUGUGUUCAGUUUUGUGCCCUGGAGAGAUGCACCAAUUGUCCACUUAUCAUGCACUGCCUAAUGUUUAUAUGAGAAAGCAAAACAUUUCAGCUUGAUAGUUAACACAUCAGGUAGUUUUCACUGCUCUAGGAGACCUUUUUUUUUUGGUAUUGGAAUGGCUGAGCAAAUAUUUAAAAGUUUUUAAUAUGCAGCCAUAUAUGGAAGGGAGGUUCCUGUGAUUUUGCAGUGGGAGAUUAUAUGCCCCCACAUUCACUAGAAAAUGGGAUACGUGGGUUCCAAACUAUGACUGAUGUUGAAUUACUUUGGUAGUCUGGCUGUAUACACCACACACACACACACACACACACACACACAGGCAAUUGCAUGUUAGCAUGUGUAUGUCUAUAGGUAUCUUUCGAGUUAUGCUGGAGUGGCAAAUACUUUCUCCCACUUAGAUUUGCUCUCUGCUUAGAGUAGCCUGAAACUCUUACUGGCUCAGAAUCAGAUUCUUGGCCAGCCCCUCCCUUAAAGCUACAUUGAGCUGCAUUGCCAGCUUAAGGCACUUUUUAAAGACUAAAUAUAAAUCUGAUUUUUAAAAGUUAUUUUUUACUUUAAAUAGUGUUCUGGUGUAGGAUUGUUAACCUUAUAUGAAUAGAUAAUGCUUAUAAGAAAAUGGGCGUUAGAUAUUUCUCAUGAGUCAAAAUAAAGCAGCUUUUUAUUUGAAAAUAAAAACCGGAAGCACAAGUGGGUGGCGCUUGCUUAAUGCUGUUGAUGUUUCUAAAAGUUUUUACAUUUAGAUUAUAUACCUAAUUCAUAUUAAAAUACCUCUAAUUAGCACUGUUUUGUAGAAAAUCUGACUUCAUUGAAUAUUUUUGUAUUUUACAUGGGCCAGUUUAUAUCCUCUUACUUACACUAUUACUUCCUAUAGCCACAUGUUCUUUGUACCUUUUGUAGUUUUGUUCUUUGUACUGGGUUUACACCUUGCUGGUCUCACAUGCUAUUUGGUUCUAGGUGUUUCUCAUGUUUUAGCAUUUGUAUAAAGAAACUGGUCCAUGUAAAUACUUUUCAUGUUUUUUUCUCAUAUGUUUAAACCACUAGUUGAUGUAUGGUGUUUAGAUAUUUGCCUGUCCAAUUUGCUCAACAUACUGCUUCUAAAACAAACAAUAAAGAUUCUUUUAUUUCUUAAGGAAA